GCGUCCACCAACUUCAAGCAAGGUUCCCCCACUGAUGGUGAAAUCCAUAGGACUGGAUAAGCUCAAGCGGACUCUCAAGUCGAUUGAAAUCAACGCGUCCUAUAAAAUAUGUCGCGUCGGUAUCAAUGUGGUUCUCACAUCCAAGGAGGACUACUUAAAGACGAAGCAGUAUCUCGACAAAUGCAAAGCCAAAUAUUUUACCUUCGACAUUCCGUUGGAGAAACCCUUCAAAGCAGUUAUCCGUGGAUUGCCCAUCAUGGACGUAGAGGAAAUAAAGUUGGACGUGGAGCUUCGGUACAAGCUGAAGCCACUCGCCAUUUUCCCCAUGUCAAGACACAGCAGAGUCAUGGAGUAUCGUGACUGCUUGUACCGUGUGCACUUCCGGAAAGGUUCCGUGUCGCUUGGCGCACUGAGUGCAGCCCGAGUAAUCCAGGAUAUUAUCGUUUCGUGGGAAGAUUACCGUGGAACGAAUAAGGGUGUGACGCAGUGCAUGCAAUGCCUGAACUUUGGACAUGGCACUCGAAACUGCCGACUGAAGGCUAGAUGCAACGUCUGCUCCCAGGAACAUCUCACCGAUUCCUGCCCCAUCGAGGGCGCCGUAGAAUACAAGUGUGUUCAUUGCGGUGGGGCCCACCGUUCAACUGUUCGAAUCUGCCAGAAGAGGGAAGAAUACAAGCAAAUCCGAAAACAAGCAUCAACAUCAAACCAACCCGGGAGGAAGAGGGACCGGGCCCCCAUUCUCGAUCCGGCCGAUUUCCCGGCUCUUUCUCCAGGAAUCCAAGCCACUCAUCAGCUGCCGUCGACAAAUUGGAACAUUCCGCACGCCGGAAGAACAAGUCAACGUGCACAAGUCCACUUCACCUGAACCUCCUCCUGGUUUCCAGCAAUCAAUUCAACCUCGUAUGCGGCCGUCGUACGAAAAUGAUCAAGCUGCUGCUCCCCCGCUCCUGUACACAGCAGCUGACAUUCAACACAUUCUCAAUGAGAUGUGUGACAAACUUCAACAGUGUUCCACUCGUCUGGAACAAGUGCGGCUGAUAGAAAAUCUUGUGCUCACCUAUGGCUACUAACGAUCUACAACUGCUGCUGUGGAACGUCCGCUCUGUGAUGCGGAAAAGUGUUGAGCUGCUAAUUUUGUUGAUAAGUCAGAAUAUCGACAUUCUUGUAGUCACCGAAACUUAUCUGAAGCCUGGUACCAAUUUCAACCUACCAGGGUACAUCGUUGUCAGACUGGAUCGCACGCGCUCAAGCGGGGGUGGAUGGCGUGUUGAUCGCGGUAAGAAGCACAUUGAAGUUCACCAUCCAACCACAUUAUCAUACAACUGUCAUCGAAGCUCCGGGGAUCGAAGUGAAGACGGAUACCGGUGAGUACCUGAUCAUCGAGGCAAUGCACCUACAACAACGGAACCAGCGGGGCCUUCAAAAACGACCUUGCGAAACUGACUAGAACCAGGAAGAAAUUCAUCGUUGCAUGUGACCUGAAUGCCCGUCAUGAAGCCUGGAAUAACCAUCGACGAAACAAAAACGGCGUGUUGCUUUUCCAAGACAGCCAACUGGGAUACUACACCGUCAGUGCACCACUGGAUCCAACGUUUAUCUCGCCAGCCGGCGUUACGUCAACGUUGGAUAUCUUUUUGACAAAUGCUGAUCCACAUGUGCAAGCACCGGUUACCAUAUCCGAAUUGAGUUCGGAUCACUACCCAGUACAACUCCAGAUACAUGCAAUUCCGUCUGUUCGCCCCAAAGGACAGCGAAAGGACUUCCAUCAUGUCAAUUGGGUUGAGUUUCAGAGAAGGGUCAACCAUCGCAUUGACACACUAAGCCCCUUGGCAACCGCCGAGGAUGUCGACCGUGCGUUGAUGAAUCUCCAAGACUCCAUUGUAGCUGCUGAACAACACUGUCAACCCGUCAACUCUUGAUGUAUAAAUGUUGAAAUAAAUAAGCUAUCUAAGGAAAAUAUCAACAUUUUCGGGUCUCCCGCCACUACUGACUGUAUGCUCUACAAGCUAAUCCAGCCGGUUCCAGCAAAACACGUGAACUCAACUUAGCCGCUGCUCCACCGCGUCGUCCUUCGCUGAGGUGCGUACCUGGCUAGCCGAUCUCGUUGGUGGUGAAUGUGAGGCAGAUCGCUACUGUAGUUAGUGUUUAAAUCCGCGUUAUCAGUGUUUAGAUUAGGCGUGUGUAAAAGUGGGAAGAAAAUCACUGAUGAUUCAAUGUAAUUGCCGGCUGCGGCUUGGUGAUGUAAAUAGAUCUUUAUCCAGAGUGUUUGUACUAUUGCUAAGGGGCUGCUGCGGUCGCCACCGCUGAGGGUUUGCAGUGAGUGUGAGAAUCGGCGUUAAAGUGCUCUGGUUGUUGGCUUUGGUUAGCCGAUUUUACCCAAGCGACUAAGUUUGCCGGUUGAUUAUUAUUGCCGUGAAGGGGGUUAAUUGGAGGAGAUUUCAGUAGAUCAGGUUAAAGUGUGGCUGGCUAUAGUUAGUUGAACGUGAAAAGCGUUGAUUCCGCUCGGUUCAAGGUCAGCCGGAGAACAAACAAAAAGGGAACAGGCGCUACUUUCAAGACGGAUGCAUUGCGCCGAUAACUGAACCCAACCGUUAGCACCGGAGGAGACCAGGGAGCCAGAACUGGUGGAGCAGAGGAGCCAUGACAUCACCCUUACCACUGUUGCGUUCCUUCUCGACCGAAAACCAGAACCGAGACUGGUGCAAGCGAUUCUCGCUGCGAGUCAACCGGAAGGCCGCCAACAACGCCGCCGAUGGAAAGUUGGACUUUUCGACGCUGCGCAAAAACAAGUUCGCCCGCCGUUGUUCGUCCCUGCGGCAGCAACCAACGGGCCCCGAGCUGCAAACCACAUCGAGCGUGACACUGGAGCUGAAGAGUGCCAGCCCAGCUCAAUCGAUGAUUAUCCACGAGAAGAGUGCAGCCCCCUCCAACAAUAACAGCAGCAGCUCCCCCAAGAAGCCAAAAUGGGAAGUGAUUGAGCACUUCAAGAGCACCGGACGCGGCCAGGAGUCAAUCAGCAGCAGUCUAAUUGCGGCGGGAGUGACGGCAUUCAACCUCGAUGAUACCACGUCGAACUACUCUGCAACAGCUUCGCUGCGGAAAAAGAGCUUCCAGAUCUACGGUGCUGCCGCGCCAGACGAGCUUGAACCAUUGAACAAUGGCAGCCACAACUGUGGCACUGGACCUGGGGUGGAGGGUGUUUGCGACACCACCCGAUGCUGGAAUCACAUCAAAUGCCUAUUCAACGGUAUCAUCUGUUCGCAUAAAUUCAAGAACGUUCAGGUGGAGAUGCUGUAUCAGCGUUACUUCCUCCGCAUGAACCAGAGCAAUACGGUGCACAUUGUGUGGCUACUAUUAGGACUAAUUUUCAUCUUAGCUUUAAUUCAUCUCGUGUUCACCUUUAUCCUGCAACAGUCGCUCGAAAGUUGCCCCGGUUUCACCACCGAUUCGCUUGAUCUCGGAGGAUGGAAUUCUUCAUCGACGGUUUCCCCAAACCUGACAACAUCAUCAUCAUCGUCAGCAGUAACGGUGGCGUCGGCUACGGUGUCGUCGUCGUCGUCCUGGGGAUUAUCAGAAACGGCGGCGGCUGAGCGAUUUCCGGUCCGUCUGCUGUUCAACGAGAGUUUUCCCGAUAAAGGUGGGGGUGGCUACGGGGACGGUGAUGCCUCCAACGGUGAUAAUGUGCUCGAUGUGAGUGAAUCCCAGGGUGAUGGAAUGGAAGGAAGAACGAGAACUAGAAGAAGUGCAAGGAUUCCGCCGUCAAUUGUUGCGGUGAGUGAAAGUGAGAUUCCAGAGGGGGCGAUUGACAAAAGUCGCUCUGAAAGGGGAAAAGUUCAAGCAAGUGAAAGUUUGUGGAGCAAAUUGCUUCCUGUCUCGGCGGGCGAUGGCCGGGGUUUUGGGGACGGAAAUGUGCCGGAAGGUGACGGUCAUAAUGGUAAUGUUGUGUCGAAUGAAGUAAUUAAUCAUGCAAUCGGGCGCGUUCGAGGGAAAAUCCAUUUAAAACCGAAUCGAGUGCGGAGGAGUCUAUCUGGAGGCGAUGAUCAUGGGGAGAAUCGAGUGGAGGCAGUGAAAAAUUACCCGCCAGGAGAGAAACCACGGAAACGACAAGGCUCCAUUAACGACCGCCAUAACGGUGAUGUUAACGACGUUAUCAACACGGCCUACGACAACUACGACGGAGAGGAUGGCAACGUCGUCGGUGCUAUCGCCGUCGAAGAGGACAAUAACGGCACGGCUAAAGCCACCCCACCGACCCCGCAAUUUGAUUUGUCGUCAUCGUCCUCGUCAGCAUCGGAGAACAAUCGCUCCGCCGAGACCGUCGACGAGCUGGGUCUGUGCAGCCGGGACUAUUUCACCCUGCUGAAGGACAACAUGACCCAGCUGAUCCUAAUCGGGGUUUGCGCCACGGUUUACGCCCUGCUGCUGGCCUGCCUCUACAAACAGCGCAUCAACGAAAUUUACCUGUUCCAGGUAUCGUACGUCGUGAUGGUGACACUGCUGGCCCUGGACGUUUGCUUCAGCUUCACCACCUCGGUCAGAAAGUUCACCUCGUCCGGCGGGUGCACCGUGAUUGCGAUCUACAUCAUCUACACCAUGCUGCCGAUUCGGCUACGGGAGGCUAUCGUCGGCGGGACGCUGCUUUCCCUGUCGCACAUCCUGCUCACCUUCUACAUGGACGACGAGAACGAAGACCGCGAGGUGCUCCACUCGGACCUCAUUACGCUGGCCUGCACGAACGCAACCGGCAUUCUGCUCCACUGGCCCAAGGAGCGCUCCCAGCGUAAUGCGUUCAUGGAAACUCGUCAGUGCGUGGAGGCACGGCUCCGAAUUCAACGGGAAAAUCAAAAGCAAGAGCAACUGCUUCUGUCGGUACUGCCGCGUCAUGUGGCAAUGGAGAUGAAGAACGACAUCGCUGGACAGCCGCGGGAGGAAGCCCAGUUCCACAAAAUCUACAUCCAACGGCACGAGAAUGUGAGUAUUCUGUUCGCGGACAUCUGCGGCUUCACCAGCUUAUCGGACCAAUGUACUGCAGAGGAAUUGGUGCGGCUGCUGAACGAACUGUUCGCCCGGUUCGACCGGCUUGCACAGGAACACCACUGUCUGAGGAUCAAGCUGCUUGGCGAUUGCUAUUACUGUGUGUCGGGCUUGCCGGAAGCAAGGCCCGAUCAUGCGAUCUGUUCGGUCGAGAUGGGAUUGGAUAUGAUCGAUGCCAUCGCUCUCGUUCGAGAGGUGAUGGCAGUGAAUGUCAACAUGAGAGUGGGGAUUCACACCGGGAGGGUGCACUGUGGAGUGCUGGGGUCGAGAAAGUGGCAGUUUGACGUGUGGUCCAACGAUGUGACGCUGGCAAACUAUAUGGAAAGUGGGGGGGUUCCCGGGAGGGUUCACAUUACGAAAGAAACGCUCAAAAGUUUGGGUGAUCACUACGAAGUGGAGGAGGGUAAAGGAGCCGAUCGCAACAAUUACCUGAAAGAUCACCAAAUUCAAACCUAUUUGAUAGUUCCUAAGGAAUCGUAUCGAGCGCAUACCAUGUCCAAGCAGUCGUCUUCCGUGAAUGGAAACAUUUCCAAAGAACUGCGCAUGAUGGGCCACUGGUCCAAAAUGGGUUUCAAUGACAAACAGGAGCCCAAGAGCACCGAGGAGGAGGUCAACGAAUAUUUGAUAAAGGCGAUCGAUGCGCGAUCGAUAGAUCGUCUGCGGUUGGAUCACUGCAAGCGCUUCCAUUUGACUUUCAUCAAGGACGACAUCGAGCGGAAGUACUGUCGGGAGCCGGAUCCGAUGCUGAACGUGUACUUUUACUGCAGCAUUAUCAUCUUUUUCGGGAUCAUGUCGAUCCAGGUGCUGGUAUUCCCAAUGGAUCAUUACACCUACUGGGUGUACGGUAUACUAACUGUGAUGCUACUAGUUUCCUGUGUUCCAGUCUUCUCGAAGGAAGAUACAAAAAUAUCCAACUUCUUCCGAAUGAUGUCGCAGAGAAUUCACGGCCGUCGGGAGAUCGCUCAAGUGAUAUCAUUAUGUGUUGUUGUUACUGUGAUAUGUUUGUCUUACUAUAAACUGACUUUUAUUCUCUAUCUAUCGCUUUCGGAGGAAUAUUUUCUGCAGUGGCCUAAUCAGUGUAAUGAAUCGAAAACUUUUAAUAUCCUAUUGCUACUAACCUUGCUUGCCUUACUUACUUGUGCGGUACAUCAGUUCAUCAAGAUCUUGUUCAAGAUCGUCCUGCUGGUGGUUAUUCUGAUAUGCUAUAUCGCUUCCAUAGUGGUGCUGGCGUUGAUCUUCGAUCGGCAUUGCGAGCCGUGGUUUCUCACCACGGAACGGUUCCUCAUCGACGUCGCCUUUCUGGUGGUGUUCGUGAUUGGUCAGAUCAUGCACAGCCAGCAGACGGAGAUUACGCGCCGGUUGGAUUUUAUCUGGAAGCUGCAGGCUACCGAGGAGAAAGAGGACAUGGAACACCUGCAGGCGUACAAUCGGAAGCUGCUGGCCAACAUUCUGCCGGUGCACGUGGCGGACCACUUUCUGCGCCGCGAAAAGAACAUCGAGGAAAUCUAUCAUGAACAGUGCGACAAGGCGUGCGUCAUGUUCGCGUCGAUUCCGAACUUUAGCGAAUUCUACAUCGAACUCGAGGGAAACAACGAAGGCGUCGAGUGUUUGCGGUUACUCAACGAAAUUAUCGUCGACUUUGACGAGCUGUUGGCGCAGGACCGCUUUCGGCACGUGGAGAAGAUCAAAACGACCGGAUCGACCUACAUGGCGGCAUCCGGACUGACGUUGAAUAGUGGCGCCGGUGGAGAUGCGGCCGCAUUGGCUGAAUCCGGACACGUCACUGCCAUGCUGGACUAUGCGUUGGAACUGUUUCAAAAAAUUACCGACGUUAACGAGCAUUCCUUUAACAAUUUUAGGAUGAGGAUUGGUAUUAACAUAGGACCGGUGGUGGCCGGAGUGAUUGGCACCCGGAAGCCCCAGUACGACAUCUGGGGCAACGCGGUGAACGUGGCCUCGCGGAUGGACUCCACUGGGGUGAUGGACCACAUUCAGGUCACCGAGGACGUGUACGAAAUCGUCAAGGACAAGGGCUACAAUCUGACUUGCAGGGGGACAAUCAACGUCAAGGGCAAGGGUACGAUGGUGACCUACCUGAUGCCGGGUAUAGUCAAGGAGCAAAACUAGCCAGGCGGUGGGAGAGGAGUGAGCGGUUGUUGACAUUGCGUAGUUUAAAUUCAAGACUUUAUUUUGCAGAGCUAGCCCGUGUUACCAGUAUUUAAGAGAUUUAUAUUCCAUGAAUGCCGAAGCGUAUGAUGAGACAUAUCAAGGGUAUUAUUUUCAGGGUAGCUUGAAUACGUUAGACAAAGACGGAAUUUAAUGUUUAAACCAAAGCUAAAGUCGUUUAAGAAUCAUAUUUAUAUCGAAAUGACUGACUUGUUUUAUGCAGUAACGAAUGGAAUGGUUGCCGUAUUGUAAAUCAGCUUUGGGUUCAGGCACAUUUUUUUUAAUUCGUUUAUUUGGUAGGCUUUGGUGUAAAUUACGUGGUAGAAACUUUUUCUCCAUAAUUGUCCAAAUUUAUUUACCUUUCAACAAUAAUUUUCGAUAAAAUCGACCUACAAAUAAGAAUUUUAUAAUUGGAUUAGUCUUCAAUGCGUUUCACGCAACAAAAGUUCUCAAAUAUUUCUUUUUAUAAUCUUUAUCGACGAGACAGUCAGCCCGUGGUCAUAUUUUUCUAUUUUAAUUUCUUGGAAUUUAACAAACAAAAGUCAUUUAUGUUGAUAGACCGAGUUAUUUCCAUUCAGUCGAUUUAAGAUAAAGAUAGUUAUUAUUUUUCAGGGGGGGACAAAUAGAACGGUAUUUCGCGGAAUUCAGUAGAUUACCAGAAUUGCAUUAAGAAACUCUCAGAAGGAUUGUUUAAAGUUCACGGGAACUAUUUCCUGGAGGAUUAUGAUGUGAACGGCUGGUAUACGUCAGGAACGGCAAUAAAAAUGCUGCCCAGAAGGAUGGGUUUUUGAUGGGA